AUGUCUCAUAUGGGCCUUUUUCACUACACCAUUUUAAGGAAUUUGCAACUCAGAUUAGCAACGGCUUUAGGGCCAUUGCUAACAUUAGUUGCAAAUUUUUCGCAACGGCGAGCAGGAGGUUGCGAACAACAACUGUUUGGUGAUCAAGCAUGCGAAGGUCACAAAUUUGGGGAAAAAAGAAUCUUACUCGAGACAGCAAUUUCCGAAUCUCUCAAUUAUCCAUAUCCAGUUUCAAGAAGGUGUUUUCGAUUACCCCGUGGAAAAAAAGAGGAAAGUGAGCAUCGGUGUGAGGAGCUAGUUACACAAAUUCAUGUGUCUACGAUGCCACUCCUGGGGCAGAUAGAAGCUAUGCAGGAGACAACUGCUAGAAGGGAAGAAGCUUGGGCUGGUGUGGAGCGAUCCCUUAACUCUCGGCUCCAGGAGGCAGAGGCCAAAGAAUCAGCAGAUGUGGAAAAUGAGAGACUGCUAGGUAUUUCAGAUCUCAUGUCUUAGAUCCGAGCAAACACAGUUAAGUUGAUCUCUUGAAAAAAAAGAGACAGAUAGCAUAUGAAAAUCGAUAGGAAUAUCUGGCAGCACAAGAGUCAGUUUCUACCUAUGAAGUUCGUGUUAACCAACUUGAAGAAGAAAUUAAGGAGCACAAUAAGAAACACAGACACGAACUGAUGGAUCUAAUGUCAUACAAGGAACUAUUGUCACAGGUAGUUUUGAGUAUGGUGACGUGGGGAAUUAGAACGGGAGAAAACAGCUAGAUCAUAUUUGAAAAGGAAGUCCCAUCUUCAAUCUUCUGACCUGAUCAAUCUCAUACGAACAAAACCAUCAAUGCGUAUCUUGAAAAUGGAAGCAACUCCAUGCAUAAGCAUUCAAGUGCUGGAAACCUUGGCACCAUGGAGGACAAUUUUUUCCUUCAAGCAUGUCUUGAUUCAUCUGAAAGCUUCUUUGAGAAGAGGCUUAGUGAAGCAACCAUGACUCCAUACUACCUGAGGAGUAUGACUCCAAGUGAUUUUGAAUCUACCCUCUGCCAUAAAGAUGGCGAGCUAGUUUCCUUAAUCGGUUAUUCAAUACUCUCAGCUGGUCUAUGGCUGAAUUCUCAGUUUCCGUCCGUGAGAUGCAAGAAAAAUAUCAGGUGAUUGAGCUGCAACAAAGAAAGUGUGGAAUUAUAUUUGAUCUCUCUUGAAAGGUUGCUAGAAUUUUGUACUUGUCAGAUCCCUGAAGCAUUCAUAUUAGAAUAUGAUAUGAAUCUUGGAAGGCUGACUGAGUUGAUUGUAAUCAUCCAGAGCCACAUUACUUCUGCUGCUGGUACUGAGUUAUUUGACUUGUAAGUCUGUAGUGAUACUUUUAUACAUUUGUAGAUCGUACUCAAUACUUUUUGUUAACUUCAAUUAAGGAAUAACUUUGUAUAAUAUAACACAGUUUUGUAUACAUUUGUAUCGUCUAUUGUGAUUCUUAACAAUAUAGUUGUGUCAAUUCAAUGACAUUGUAGUUUGUAUAUCUGCGGA